GCGCGCCCCCGGGGGGAAGAUCGAGGAGCGCCCGAUGCGGGGAGGCAGGAGCCGUUGACCCGGGACGUCGCCGUCCGGGGCAGAAGCGCGGAGCAGCCGACCAGCCCGCCGCCUCCGGUGCAUGGGGCCCGACUGAAGAGCCAGCAUGGGCAACUGCGUGGGGAGACAGCGCCGGGAGAGGCCGGCCGCCCCGGGACACCCCCGCAAGCGAGCAGGGCGCAACGAGCCCCUGAAGAAGGAGCGGCUGAAGUGGAAGAGCGACUACCCCAUGACCGACGGGCAGCUGCGGAGCAAACGGGAUGAGUUCUGGGACACGGCACCCGCCUUCGAGGGCCGCAAGGAGAUCUGGGAUGCCCUCAAGGCCGCCGCCUAUGCAGCCGAGGCCAACGACCAUGAGUUGGCCCAGGCCAUCCUGGACGGAGCCAGCAUCACCCUGCCUCACGGCACCCUCUGUGAAUGCUAUGACGAGCUGGGCAAUCGCUACCAGCUGCCCAUCUACUGCCUGUCGCCACCCGUGAACCUGCUGCUGGAGCACACUGAGGAGGAGAGCCUGGAGCCGCCCGAGCCCACGCCCGGGGUGCGCCGCGAGUUCCCGCUGAAGGUGCGCCUCUCCACGGGCAAGGACGUGAGGCUCAACGCCAGCCUGCCCGACACGGUGGGGCAGCUGAAGAGGCAGCUGCACAGCCUGGAGGGCAUCGAGCCAUCCUGGCAGCGGUGGUUCUUCUCCGGGAAGCUGCUCACAGACCGCACGCGGCUCCAGGAAACCAAGAUCCAGAAAGAUUUUGUCAUCCAGGUCAUCAUCAACCAGCCCCCGCCGCCCCAGGACUGAGGAGCCCGAGGACCCCUGGGAAGAGAGGCCGUGGAGGCCUCUGCGGGGCUAAGAGGCCUCCCGGCGGAGCGCUGGGUCCCCCCCACCCUGCUGCUGCCUCCGAGGGCUGUCACUUUCUUCAGGGGCGCUGCCUGCCAUGUGGCUGCUGGGCAAGCCAUGAAGGGACCCUGCCUCCCGGGGGGCCCGGGAGCCACGAGGGCCCCACACCCAGGAAGCAGUGCUGCCAUAUACAGGCUUUGCCAGCCUUGUUGGAGAAAAGGCAGACGGGGGCACUCCACCCUGCCUCUCUCCCGCAGCAGGUUCAAGCCACGAGGGGCCAGCCCGGAGGCCCCUAGAGCCCAGAUCUGUUGUCUGGUGCUGCCGGCUGUGCUCACUCCGGUUUUCUGCUCAGGGUCUGAAGCAGCUGCUGUCCCCUUCCCCUGCCCCUACUCCCUGACUCUGCCCUGGGCCCAGUGCCAGUCCUCUGGAGGGGAGGGGAUGGCUUGUGAGCCCCAGGGGCAGGGAGCCUGAGGCCGGCCUCUGCCUCUCCCUGCCCCGCAGCACAAUUGGCAGAGGUGGAGGGGGCGGGUGGCCAGAUGGCUGUGCUAUUGUGGCAGGGGUCUACAUGGGGCCAUCUCCUGGCUGUAACCCAAGCGGUGGGGGGUCUGCAGCCCGGCCAUGGCCCACAACAGGUCCCUGUGUACAGACAUAUCUGCAUAUUUAUCAAUAAAGCCUUUUGCUCCUA